AUGCCCGAAGCUCCCUCCUCAGGUGCAUCUCCAGAGUUGCUUAGCCCUUUCCUCAUUCUCCAGUUGCAUAUUUUUUCAAAAAGAAAAUGUUAUUUCAGGUCUUUGAAUCAGAAGUCAUGGAGGUGGAGGAGUGUGUCUGCAAAUGAAAGAGCAUUACAAUACAAAAUAGGAGAACAAAUCCAUGGGUUCACGGUAAACCAGGUGACAGCUGUUCCUGAGCUAUUCCUAACUGCAGUGAAGCUUAGCCAUGAGAACACAGGAGCCAAAUAUUUACAUGUGGCACGUGAGGACUCCAAUAAUUUAUUCAGUGUACAGUUUCGUACAACCCCAAUGGACAAUACUGGUGUUCCACAUAUACUUGAACACACUGUGCUUUGUGGUUCUCAGAAGUAUCCUUGCAGAGAUCCUUUCUUUAAAAUGUUAAAUAGAUCACUAUCCACUUUCAUGAACGCAUUCACAGCCAGUGAUUACACACUCUACCCAUUUUCAACACAAAAUCCAAAGGAUUUUCAGAAUCUCCUGUCUGUGUAUUUGGAUGCUGCUUUUUUUCCGUGUUUGCGACAGCUAGAUUUCUGGCAAGAAGGUUGGAGGCUAGAACACGAAAAUCCAACUGAUCCUCAGACACCACUCGUCUUCAAAGGAAUUGUUUUUAAUGAAAUGAAGGGGGCAUUUACAGACAACGAGAAGGUAUUUGCUCAACACCUACAGAAUAAACUCCUUCCUGAUCACACUUAUGGUGUAAUAUCUGGUGGAGAACCACUAAGUAUUCCUGACCUCACAUGGGAACAGCUUAAAGAAUUCCAUGCCACUCAUUAUCAUCCAAGCAAUGCCAGGUUCUUCACUUAUGGUAACUUCCCACUGGAGCAGCAUUUAAAACAAAUUCAUGAAGAAGCCCUGAUUAAGUUUCAUAGAAUUGAGCCAAAUACUGCCGUCCCAGUACAACAACUAUGGGAUAAGCCUAGAGAGCAUCAUGUGAAAUGUGGCUCAGAUUCAUUUGCUGCAGACCCUGCAAAGCAGACAACUGUCAGCGUCAGCUUCUUAUUGACAGACAUUACAGAUACUUUUGAAACUUUCACACUUAACCUGUUGUCUUCCCUGUUGGUUGGUGGACCUAAUUCUCCCUUCUACAAAGCCUUACUAGAGGCCAAUCUUGGUACAGACUUUUCUCCUGAUGUUGGGUUUAAUGGCUGCACGAGAGAGGCUUAUUUCAGUGUAGGCCUCCAAGGAAUUGCUGAACGAGACAUUGAAACUGUCAAACAAAUUAUUGCUAAAACAAUAGAUGAAGUCAUUGAGAAAGGAUUUGAGGAAGAGAGGAUUGAAGCUCUACUUCAUAAAAUUGAAAUCCAGCUGAAGCAUCAGUCUACAAGUUUUGGUCUUGCUCUGACGUCAUACAUAGCUUCCUGCUGGAAUCAUGAAGGAGACCCUGUGGAACUUCUGAAGAUUGCAGACAAAGUGGCUCAGUUCAGGCAUCACCUCAAGGAAAACCCAAUGUUUCUUCAAGAAAAAGUUAAGCAGUAUUUUAAGGAUAAUCUACAUAGACUGACUCUGUCAAUGAGUCCAGAUGAAAGCUACUAUGAAAAACAAGCAAAACUGGAAGCAGAAAAACUGAAACAGAAGGUCAAUGAUCUUUCAGAAAAGGAGAAGAAACAAACAUAUGAAAAAGGUUUGGAGUUAAUUGAUCUUCAGAGCAAACCUCAGGAUACCUCCUGUCUCCCAGCUCUAAAAGUAUCUGACAUUGAGUCCACAAUCCCAUUCACUGAACUGGAGAUGGCAUUUGAAGCUGAUGAAAUCCCUGUCCAGUACUGUGCUCAGCCGACCAAUGGGAUGGUAUAUUUCAGAGCUGUUUCCAGCUUGAACACCCUUCCAGAGGAGCUCAAACCAUACGUGCCACUCUUCUGCAAUGUCAUUACUAAAAUGGGCUGUGGAACCCUUGGUUACAGAGAACAAGCCCAACAAAUAGAACUAAAAACAGGUGGCAUGUCUGCCAGCCCACAUAUCAUUGCUGAUGAUUCCCACCUGGAUGCGUAUGAACAGGGUGUGCUCUUUUCAUCUCUGUGCCUGGAUAGAAAUCUGCCAGACAUGAUGCACUUAUGGAGUGAAAUCUUUAACAACCCACACUUUGAAGAAGAGGAGCAUUUUAGAGUACUGGUUAAGAUGAUUGCACAAGAGCUGUCAAAUGGAAUUCCUGAUUCUGGGCAUAUAUAUGCAUCUGUGAGAGCUAGCAAAACACUUACAUCUGCUGGAGAGUUGCAAGAAAUGUACAAUGGCAUGGAUCAGGUCAAACUGAUGAAGCGAAUUGCAGAAAUGUCUGACAUUAAACCAGUACUACGCAAACUACCACGUAUUAAGAAAUAUUUAUUAAACAGUGACAACAUGAGAUGUUCAGUGAAUGCUACACCUCAGCAGAUGUCACAAGCAUCUAAAGAAGUAGAACACUUUUUAAAGAGCAUCACUAGAAGUAAAAAAGAAAGAAAACCUGUUCGCCCCCAUGUGAUUGAGAAGUCCUCAGAGCCCAUACUUGUUGGAAAGGAAAGGCUUAAUUGUUCACAAAUCACAAGGAAACUAAUUAAUGAGCCUACCUUUCAGCCAUGUCAGAUGAAGACCCAUUUUCUACUUCCCUUCCCAGUGAAUUAUGUUGGUGAAUGCACUAUGCAAGGUAGGAAACAGAAAGGAUCAACAGUCCUUCGGAUCCUUGCACGGUUGAUGACAGCCAAGUUCUUGCAUAGGGAAAUUAGAGAGAAAGGCGGUGCUUAUGGAGGAGGAGCUAUACUCAGUCAUAAUGGAAUAUUCACUUUCUAUUCUUACAGGGAUCCAAAUUCUGUAUCCACUUUUUCAACAUUUGAAAAAGCAGCGGAAUGGGCUCAGUCUGGAGAAUUCAUACAGCAAGACAUUGACGAAGCCAAGCUUGCUGUCUUUGCAGCUGUGGAUGCUCCUAUAGCUCCUUCAGACAAAGGAAUGAAUCAUUUCUUGAAUGGUAUCUCAGAUGAGAUGAAGCAGAAACACAGGGAACAGCUUUUUGCUGUCAGCCAUGAUCAUCUGGUUGAUGUAGCAAACAAAUACCUUGCAGGCGGGAAGAGCACGCGAGGACUGGCUGUACUAGGUCCAGAGAAUCCACACAUUGCCAAAGAUCCAUCCUGGGUCAAACGAUAA